ACUAAAAAAAAGUUUAUCUGAAUUUCUGAAUUUUGUUUUUUGUGUGUGUAAAUUGAAUUUUUUGUUUGUUUUGCCGAGAGAAAAAAAAAAGAAUAAUUAUGUCAAAACCUACUACAUCAGGAACACGUCCAACAAAAAAAACACGUCGUGGUGGUGCUGAUGCAAAUACUGCACGUCUUGGUUUUAUUGGUGCCGGUAAAUUGGCUACAUCUAUUAUUACCGGUUUAUUAUCGGUACGUGGUCAAGUUGAUCCAAAACGUAUAUAUAUUUCAUCACCAACAACAACCAAUACUGAAACAAUGAAAAUUCUUUAUCCAGCUAUACAUACAUCGAAAAGAAAUAUCGAUAUAUUUGGUCGUUUUGAUUGUGAUAUUGUAUUUAUUUGUUGUCCACCAAAUGUUAUACAUUCAUUAUAUAAAAUUGGUGGUACAAGACCGGCAGCAUUAACAACAAAUUAUAUACCAAAUAUGCGUCAUCCUGUUUAUAUAUUUAGUUUAGUAUUUGGUUUUAAUAUUGAUCAAAUUAAAGAUUGUUUAUUAAAUCCAGAAAAUCCGGGUAAAUAUACGGCAAAAUUUUAUCGUUGUGUUAUUAGUCAUUCAAUUUUUUAUGGUAUUGGACAUAGUUAUAUUGAUACUGAACCGGAUAGUGAAAAAUUUCCAAAUAUUGUACGUGAAAUUUUAACACGUAUUACAACAUUAGAAUUUGUACCCGGUAAUCAUCUUGAUACUGUUUGUGUAUUAGUCGGUUCUGGUAUAGCAUUUUGUUAUUAUUUUAUAAAUUCAAUUGCUGAUGGUGCAGUAAAAGCCGGUAUGCCAAGAAAUGUUGCCGUAAAAUUUGCAGCAAAAGUUGCACAAUCAACAUCACAAACAAUAUUAACAACCGGUUUAAUGGCAACACAAUUAAAAGAUGAUUCAAGUAGUCCAUCUGGUGGUGCUAUUUUUGGACAAAUGAUAUUGGAUAAAAAUGAAGCAGCAUCCGGUUUAUGUGGUGCAAUUGAAGCAUCAUUUAAACGUUCACAAGCAUUAGCAUUGAAUGGUGCUGGUGGUGGUGAUAUUCAUUAAUAUUAAUUAAUUGAUUGUUGUUGUAUUUGUGAAUGAAUGAAAUAAAAAAAAUGAAAUAAAAUA